CAUACCGAAGAGAAGAUUGAUCCUAUAAUCCCGAUCGGUGAUCGUAAGUACCCGCGCUCUCACCUUUACUCAUCUAGACUAUGAAACGGAGACCGAAUUUGUGAAUAAGAUGGCACGAUUGAAGGUUUUGAUCCUCUUAUGUGGAGCAUUGACGCUCGUAAACUCGUUUUGCGAUGUAAAUAAAGUGUCCGAGACUUGUAAGGAGGUUUAUAAUGAAGGCGGAGCAGCUGCCAUUCUUCAAUCACUCCAAUGUUCCGUCUGGAUUACCUCCACCAGAUCAUCAUUCGAAGUUCAGACUGCAGAGUGUGAUUCUGCGACCAUGAAAGGUAGAAGGAAAUAUCAAGAGGACCGAAUUCUUUGCAACCCUGUUUUCCAAAUUUCUCUAUUUGGCAAUAAUGUGCUCAGAGAGGUCAAAGUUGGUGUUGUGGCUAUAUUUGAUGGUCAUGGUGGCAAUGAAGCAAGUGAAAUGGCCUCAAAACUUUUCUUUGAUUAUUUUUAUGUCCAUUCCCUGUUUGGCUCUUACAAGACGACGAAUGCAACUACCAAAGAAAUACUGAAGCAAGCUCUUUUGAACUCACUCGUUGAGAUUGAUCGAACAUUCACCAUAGAAGCUUACAAGAACCGAAUUUAUUCAGGCACUACUGCAAUUGUUACCCUAUUUCUAGAUGAUGAAUUCUUAGUCGCCCACAUCGGUGAUUCAAAGGCCCUAAUCUGCUCGGAGAAUUCAACUUCAUCCCUUUCUGUAACAGAACUAACUUGGGAUCAUAAUGCAUAUAGAGAAGAUGAAAAAUCCCGAAUAGAAAAGGCUCGUGGCUAUAUCACUGAUUGGGAUGUUCCUCGAGUCAUGGGAAGUUUAGCAAUUACUCGAGCCAUUGGUGAUGUUCCUCUAAAAAUGUAUGGAGUUAUUGCAGAUCCGGAAUUAAGAAACUGGGAAGGUUUGAGAAGAAACGAUAGUUAUAUGGUGGUAUCAUCAGACGGUAUAUUAGAAUCAUUGAAAACUCAAGAUGUUUGUGAUCUCUUGAGUGAUAUGAAAAAUCGAGAUAUUAAGAGUCCUUGUAUUUCGUCGCAAUCUUUCGCAAACUGCAUUAUCAGCACUGCUUUCUCGAAAGAUAUGGAAGCUUCUCUGGAGAAUCUUGAGCUAGGGUUACAUAAUGUUCAAAUUCAUAAUGAUGAGGGUUAUCUGUCCACCAAUACUAAGGUUUUGCACAAUGGUAAGGGAAUGCAUAAGGAUGUAAAGAAGGAGAAUGUUGUUGUUCAAGAAGAAGAAGAUGAAGAAGAAGAGGAGGAAGAUGAUGAUGAUAUAGAUGCUUAUCUAAUGAAGCAAAGUGGAUAUUCAACAAACAUCAAGAAACCAUCCCAUCAACCAAUUGCAGUAAAGGAUGAAGAAGAAGAAGAAGAUGAAGAAGAGGAGGAAGAUGAUGAUGACAUAGAUGCUUACCUAAUGAAGCAAAGUGGAUAUGCAACAACCAUCAAGAAUGAUGAUGAUGAUGAAGAAGACGAAGAAGAGGAUGAUGAAGAUGAUAUAACAAAUGACAUACUGAAGCAAAGUGGCUAUGGCAGUAUGAAGAAACAUCAUUCAACACCAAAAACAGUAAGGGUUCUUGAUAUUUAAUCCAAAUUGAUUCUA